AUGGGAAAUAAAAUAGCAACUUUCACUGAAGAACAAUUAGAAGAAUACCAAGAUUGCACAUUUUUAACGCGUAAAGAAAUUCUCAGAAUAUUUAAACGUUUCCGUGAAAUGGGAGAUCCUGGAAAAGUACCAAAGACAAUGACACCGGAGCUGGCAAGUCAACUGAAACUACCCUUAUCAUGUUUAUCAAAGAUUCCAGAGUUAAAAGAAAAUCCAUUUCGAGAUCGUAUAGCAGAGGUAUUUACCAAGUGCAGUGAUCCAGGAAGUGAACAAAAUGAAGAAGAAGAAGAAGGUAUCUGUUUCGAGGAGUUCUUGGAGAUGAUGUCAGUAUUUUCAGAGCAAGCACCUCGAGAUCUCAAAAGAGACUUUAGAAAUGCUAGAGACUAUAGACCCCCAACUGUGGGAAGCGAACGGCAAGUUCUAGGUCACAAUCCUGCAUACAAGACUCUCUUACAUUUUGAUGAAGACGGAUUCGUGGGCAUGAGUGAUUUAGAACGUACGUGUCGGCAACUGGUCCAGGAUGGAUUGAACGAGGAAGAAGUAGGUACAGUUUGUAAAAAAAUCCUCGAAGAAUGUGAUAUUGACGGGGAUGGCGCAUUGUCUUAUCUCGAGUUUGAGAAUGUCGUUGCUAAAGCUUCGGAUUUUUUGUCUACUUUUCACAUAAGAGUUUGA